GUCGCCAUGUGUGUGUGUUCAGUGCACGUGCCGGAUCGGCGGGGUCGGUUCUCCGGUAACGGCAGCGGAGGAGGAGAUGAUGAUGGGCGGCAGACCGGGCGCGGUGGCGUUGGGUGUUUGCGGCGCGCUCUUUAUCGGUUACUGCAUUUAUUUUGACAGAAAGCGCCGCAGCGAUCCGAACUUCAGAACCAGACUUCGAGAACGUAGGAAGAAGCAGAGAACUGCUCAAGAUAAAUCUGGACUCGCUCAACUGCCGGAUCUUAAAGACGCUGGAGCGGUGCAGAAGUUUUUCCUGGAUGAGAUUCAGCUGGGCGAGGAGCUGCUGGCUCAGGGAGAUUAUGAGCAGGGAGUGGAUCAUCUGACCAAUGCCAUCGCAGUGUGUGGUCAGCCUCAGCAGCUCCUGCAGGUCCUCCAGCAGACACUCCCACCGCCGGUCUUCCAGAUGCUGCUCACUAAACUCCCCACUAUCAGCCAGCGGAUGGUGAGCGCUCAGAGUCUGGAGGAGGAUGAUGUGGAGUGAAUCCUGAUCUUCAGUCUCCUGUUAAUUCUCAACUUCAUUCCUGCUUUUGUUUUUGCACAUCCAUCCUGACCACUGUUUAUAGUCUGCCGUUUCAUACUUCAAUUAAAUAUGCUCUUAUUAUGCUUCCAAACACAAUCACAGGGUUUUGAAUACAGAUGAAGAGUUUUAUAUAAUUUUUGGGUGGGAAUAUAAAGGUCAUGAGAUUGUUUGUUAUGGACUCAAGCACAAAACAUACCAUUUCUGGAUGUUUCUGACAUGUUUAUUAGUAGCUGGUUGGUUAUUCAAUGCAAAAAGAACGGCUGUGGUUUUGUUUGUUUUUGUUAUAUUUCUGAAUCACAUUGAAAGUAUGAGUGUUAAAUAAUAGAUUUCUUUGUAUUCAUUAAAUAAUUUAAUCAAUAA